AUGGAAAGAUUCGUCGUUACUUUCCUUCUUCUUUUGAACCUUGUCGGAGGAAUUUCAAGCCGAAUAUUGAUGCCGCGCUCGACUAAUGAAGGCAAGUUAGAAAAAGAGCCGUAAAGUUUUUUUUUCGCAUUUGUGUCCAAGCAUUUUGAGGGGGAAUAAUGUCAGAGCUGCCUUUAAAUGGAUAAAUGGAUUUCAGUGUGCAAUUCGUGUUAAUGCUUCAACCAUAUUCAAGUAACGAGCUGAUCUUCACACUGAAAAAGGAAAAAAACAGUGCAGAGAAAGAAGCCUAAAAAAUUCAGACCUCCAUAUAGCAUUGGGUCACCCCUUCCGGUUUAAUUCAAGCGGUUACCGUCACACUAAGGGACCCGUCCCCGUCAUUAUUUAUCGCCUUAAAAAAAAGGAGGGGGCGGUAAGAGGAUUUUUUGGGAGAGGAUCCAGGGGGAACGGAUGAGAGACCAGUCGUGCUAACAGAGCAUAAGGGGGGGACUAUAAAACAUUGACUGUCAAUGAGGGGAGAUCGUUAGAAUAUUACACAGCCUUAGGGGGAUUAUUAUGACGCACAAAAAAUUCCUCCGACCCUCCCCACCUCCCCUACCAUAAUCGUGACUGAAAUUGGCUUUGGAAGGUCUGGGUACGAGACUUAGCAUGACCCUUGGCUUUUUCUUUUUUCCAGAAGUGUCAGACAUUCCCUUCCGAUCCGCUCCUUCAGACAAUAUUAGAGGUAAGCGGAGUGGUUUUGGGUUUAGCCAAGGAGCAGGUCACAGCUCAAGUAAUAAACUAAAGGACUUACUCAAAAAACAAAAGCAACAGCAGCAGGCAGAAGAUAAAUAUGUCCAACAGUGGAACAACAAAUUUGAGGAGCUAUUCGGUAAGGACACGACAAAAUCUGGGCGUUCCCAGGUUCCCUCCAGGACUGGCUUUUGGCGGGAAAAUUCUAGAGACACUGAUCAGAGAACCACGCGUCAUCAAGAGUGA